AUGAGCAUGGCAUCACAGAAACCACCAUUCGAGAAGUAUGGUGUCCCAGCAACUCGUGUCUUCCGACGCGCCGGUUUGCUGGAUGAUUUUCGAGCGGCCAGCAUCCCCAAAUUCCCGAGCAUCUGCUGGCGGCGUGUCGCCGAUGGGGAAAAGCUGGUUGGUCUUGACUUGUCGGUCAUUGAGGAUCAUCCAGACCGCAUGACUAUCCUGCAGUUGGGUGAAAUUAUCAAGAUCAUGUAUCGGCAUUGCAUGGAGAGGGGAAAAGGCCUGAUUGAAGUUUUGUUCAAUCACAAGGUCACACAUGCAGGGCAAGGUGAAAACGGUGCAUGGGUUGACGUCGAGGUGGGCGAGGAAGGACAGCAGAAGGAGGAAAAGCGGUUCCACGCAGAUUACGUCAUUGGCUGCGACGGAGCUUCAAGCGCCGUUCGACGGUCGCUCUUCGGGCGGGAGUGGCCCGGACAGACAUUUCCUUACAGAUUCAUCGUCCAGAAUGUCUUCUACGAUGGCUUCGAAAAGCACGGUUGGGAUGGGGGAAAUUACAUGGUUGAUCCCGAGCAUUGGGGCCUUAUCGCCCGCCGCGGUAAUGGCGGAUUAUGGCGCGUGACAUACGGUGAUCCAGUCGUUGGCUUGACGGACGAAGAGUACCUCGAGCGGCGUCCGAUGCACUUCAAAGCCAUCCUUCCCGGGCAUCCCGACCCCGAGCAGUAUCGUAUCGAGCAGACGAACCUGUAUCAGAUCCACAACCGCUGCGUGGAAAACUUCAGAGUGGGCCGCAUUCUUCUAGCCGCCGAUGCCGCGCACGUCUGCAACCCCAUGGGUGGCUACGGGUGCAUGACGGCUAUUCUCGACGUUGAUGGCCUUGCAGACUGUUUGAUCGGAUUCUAUGAAGGAAAAGCUGACGAGGGCAUCCUAGACACUUACGCAGAGGUCAGGAGAGAUAUUUUCCUCAAGUACGUCGACAGAAGAUCGAUCCUCAACCUUGACAGAGUUGCCAAGUCGGAUCCAUGGACUGUCCUGGAGACGGACAAAUUUUUGGGGCUGCUCAAAGAUUUGGAGAAGGACAAGCAGGCGACUAAAGAUUUCAUAUUGAAGGUGUCAAACAUUGAGUACGAUUUCACGAAGCACUACAAGCAAGGCUGCACGGAUGGAAAACGAGAGAGCUGA